CUUGAAUGCAAAGGGAUAAGUAGGAGUGGCUGACGUAUUCCUGGUUGUUGCAACAUAUCACUUAUUUAUCUGUGGCUAUCACUGUAGCUCUUUGAUCUUUGCUUGUGACCCUGUUACCUCUGCCCUGCUCUCUACAGAAAGCUGUUGCAAUGGCUGCUGCUGCUGCAGUGUCUGGUCUUGUAAAUGUCUUGGAAUCUUACAGAGGGAGAGACAGAGUGGUCAGAACGCUAUGUUACAGCUGUCAGCUCCUGGGUGGGGUGAUGUCAAACAAGAGUGAGGUGGAUCACAACUGGGGAAAGAGCCUUCUGGUUGUGGCAUCACAGCUCAGCCACUGCCGGACAGUUCUACGGCUGUUUGAUGAUCUUGCCAUGCUCGCGUACUCUGUAAAUUAUGGCUUGGGAAAAAAGGAGAAAGACCCAAUCAUCAGGUGGAUCUCGAUCUUCAGUAACAUAUCUGAUCAACUCUAUUACCCUUGUGAGCACAUAGCAUGGGCCGCAGACUCUGGAGUUAUUAGUGCAAAGUCUGAAAUAUGGUGGACUGCGAGCACAGCAUUUUGGGGGCUUUCUCUCAUACUAGGAAUUGUGAAGUAUGUCUCAUGAUUUGUAAAAUAACUGCUGAACUCACAAUAUUUAGCUGUUGCGCUGGUGAGAUUUUGAUAAGCUUUCAAGCUAAAAAAAAUCUAUACUGCAGAAGCAGAUUCUCCAUAUUAUUUUAUAGUUUAUUAAAAAAUGCUUUUUGUGGUAAUGUGCAUUGCUGUGGCUUCAUAGUGAUAGUGGAUUUUUAAAAAAAAAAAUAAAUGGUGGGACAUGUGCAUUAUUCAUACUGAGUGCACCAAUAAAGCCUGCUCCAUCAGGGCUAUGGACCAUAGACAAAAUGCAUGACAUAUACCUGUGGUACUAAUGUCUAGGGGGAAGAAGCCCAGUAUUCCAGAAGCAGGUAAAUUAUUUCACCAUUAGUGUCUUAUGGUUAUACAUAGGUAAAGGUGCAUUCAUUUUACAAUAUUCUGUUUCCACUAUCAGGUCACUAAGAAGUUUAAUAAUGCUAAGAAGAUACAAAGGAAAAAAGGAGGAGCCUCCCAAAAGCCGUGGGGAAAUAAAAUCUCAGAUAAGAUCAGAGGUUUUAUGUAUUAUCAGUUGCCUUUCUGAUUUGGUCAACGCCGUUCAUUGGAUGCCUCACGGAUUCCUCUGGGGUGGGUCCUCUCCUAUAUGGUUGGUGGGUUUGAUGGGGACGAUAUCAUCACUGAUAGGCAUCUACCAGACCGCUGUAGGAGGAAGCGCAGGAGGUGUCUGAAACUUUUAAAAAGAGAAACCAUGUCUAGAUACUUGAAGAGAAUCUAUUGCUAUGUGGUACACUAGCCAUGAAUGCAGGACAGCUACGUCUCUCGGUAUUUGUUAUUUUUUUAUUUUCUAGACAAGGCAAAAUGUGUGAGUUUCCAAGUAACUGCACACAGCCCUUGGUAUAUUCAGUAUCAUCAGUACAACUCUUAUGUCACAAGAUGUUUUGUCAUACAGGGAAGUACCACUGAAAACAGGCAAAAGUUGCUUUCAAUACAAUUGGAGGUAAACAUCUACAAAUCAAGAAAAGUCAUAGUAAUAAAUCUUAUUGUGCAUGUACUAUGUAAUAAACAGCAAAUCUAACCUUUAGUGUAUCUCAGGUUAGAACUAUUUGACUUGUUUCAAAGUCAGGAAAAUGGAUUGAAACGCAAUAACCAAAUGCCUUUGAUUCUGUUGGCUGAACUACACAAGUUGUUCACUCAUGCUGCUUUCUUAUCUAACUGGAUAAACUUUUCUCAAUAAAAUGCAUUGACUGUCAGAUGUACAUAAAAACAAGUACAUGUCUGACACAUGUAGAUUCAGAUAUUACAUCUUCUAAACUUUUUGACCAAAGCUCAGCAUGUACUUUAGCCCUGAAAUUUUUCACACUCAUUAUGUUUUUAAUAGAUAAUACUAAAGCAAUGUGUCCUAGCACUAAGGUAAAGAGGCUCAGUGCCAGGCUGUAAUAUAAAUUUUUAUUACCAUGCAUGGAUUCCAUUUAUAAGAAAAUGUGAUAGGAUUAAUCCAGAACUAUUUGCACUAUUAAUUUAACUGUAAUACUUGAAACCUCUUUAUAUAGCUUGAUCUGUACAUAUGAGGACUCAUGUUCAAAUGUAAAUCGCUUAAUUUGGCGCAAAACUUUGCACUUUUGAUGCAAGUGAAAAAAUAAUUUCACCUAUAGACUAUCCUUAAGUGCUUCUUGGUGUGAGCACAAAUGUGCCCCUUCAGCCUGCUGAUGAAUUGCACAUAAUUGAACCGUGGAAUGUACACUAGCAGUUCCAGGGCGCCUUUCACAAACAAUUCACAAACAAUAAAAAUGUGUGCAGCACGCACUUCAAGAUAGAAACUGAUUUGCAUUCAUAUCGAUCAUACCCAAAUUAUGGCAGAAGCUACUGAGCCUGUACCUAUUAUUACAAUAAAAUUCUGGGGGCAAUGUGGGUAGUGAUGCAUUGUGGGUAAAAAAAUAGCAAUUCGGAAACCCAUUAUCCAGAAAGCUCUGCAACACAUGAAAGGUAUGUAAUUUUUAAUUUUUGUCUGAUUUGCUUCUACUCUGUGAUAAUAAAACUUGUACAGUACACAAA